AUGUCCACCGUGUCGACAGCAAUCCCGUCAAAAAAGCGUGCGGCCGCUGAUGGCUCCGCCGUAUUGUGCCAAGCUUCGAAGAAGACUGCAAUGGAUAUGACUUGGCCUGCGUCUGGCUCCAUGGGCAGCAUCCCAGGCUGGCAAUAUCCCCCUCUUCCCAUUGGGAUGAUUCCACCGAUGCCUUAUUGCAUGGCGGGCAACCCGUUUUUCCCCUUCAUGGGUAUGUUUCCACCGUUUUGGCUUCCUGCGGCCGCUAUGGCGGCAGCGGCGAUGCCAGCAUUAGCCGCGGCGUCCGCAACCAACACUUGCGUUGCCCCUGUUGUUCCCAACAUUCCUGGUUCGGCAACGGGCCCGACGGCUGCAGCGGUGAUGUGGCCCAUGAUGUCAGGCACGGUCGCUUCUCAGCCGGUAUCGUCGGUGGCAGCACCCAUGCCGGUGCCAGCCCGCUCGAAUUCGGGUGCCUCGUCGCCGACGGCUAUCCCGUCCGCGUCGUGCACGAACACCGUACCAACCGUCGGCGCUGGCCGGUCGGCGGCGUCACCGCCGCUGUUGGCUGCUUCGCCGGGCUCCGUCUGCAACGGUGGCCUGCAGCAACCCUCCGAGGAUCCAGAGUUCGCGAACUUCAUCGACUCUUUUCUGCUUUCCGAGGACGGUGACCUUGCCCUGCAUGGUGGUGAUGGCGACCUUGCUAUGCCUUUCCCAGAUGGCAUGAAGGUGUUCCAGUCUGGCGACUUUCUGAGCUCGGGUGGUAGCAAUGCAAGCGACGCAACAACGGAUGACGUUGCUUGCCUGGCGCGCAAUGACUCGCAUUGCCUUCUCAGCCUCCUGGGUGAUGACAUCGAUCUUACUGUUCUGUGAUUUGGACUAUGCGAUGUAUGAGCUUCAAGAUACAAUGUAUGCCAAGAACGCGUUGCACUGGGUGAUUUGUGGCUAGGUGCUAAGAGGAAUGGACUGGAGUUCUGUCUUCGAGGGAAGCUCUGAAGUUUUGCAUGGUUUUUGAAAUUUGCGUGUCGAGAGGCGGUCUGGAGUGGCUAACUAUUGAAAUGGUUUAAAUGGAUGCAAAAAGGAUGAUUUAAUUAGCAGUUGGACACUGAUUGUCUAGAUUGCUUUGCAUAGGUGUGAGCACUGUUCUGUACCGGCUAUUUGGCUGUGCAUGAGCAUGGGCAUGCCGCGCACCUUUGGGUGCUUAUAUGAUUUUGCGGGCCGAAUACGGGUUCUAGGACGUGGCGGGGCUGCGAUGCAUGUGAGGAUCUACAACGGCCAGUCCUUUUUUGACUUCUGUACGGUUCUGACUCUUGUCUUGAGUGAUGCAUUACUGAGGAUAAUGGAGGCCAGCUUCAGAAAGGCGAUUUUGGCGUGCUCAUUCGCCGUGGCGUCUGCAGCAUUCUGCUUAGUAAUGGCGCUCUACAUUCCAAACGCGGAAUGCUGUUUUUUUUAAGUGCCGCGGUUUAUGUUUGUGCUUUGGUCGCUUUUUGGUGGCACUUGCGCGAGCAAGCGCAUGCGUGUUGAUGGCACGUUGAGGCAUCGUGUAUGAGCAGGGUAGCGGAGAAGGCAUGUGUCGUUGUGAAGGCUUUGUGGCGCGUUCACUAGCGACGGCCAUGCGUGCACGUUGGUGCAUGCACUUGUUUGGGCCUGUUGCAGUUACAGCAAGUUUCGGCUUUUGUCCUUAUCUACCCUAAGAGAAGAUAAUCAUUAUCAAUAUUGUGCUUUACCGGUUUGUAUCUGGAUUGUUCUUGUUUAUGCGGUUGUAUGGACUGGUUGCUGUCCAUGCGAAGAGGACAUCCUAUUCUGCUGUCUGUUAAUAAUGUUUCCGGUCCCAAGGCGACUCCUCAGAGGCUUGGGCU